CAAGUCUGGGAGCGGACCGUUCCUACUGCGGCUGGGCACCCGAUCGGCUCCCGCGUCGGCCCGAGCUCCAGCUGCGCCCGGCCUGACACCGGUCCGGCCCGGCUCGGCCUGGCCCCAGCCUCCGAGCGAAGGCGCCGCUGCCUCUGGGCCGCUUCCAGGGCCAUGAGGAGGCGUCGGCAGCCACUGCGGCCCGCGUCAAGGUGACCGGCCGGGACUGCGGCGGCGGCCAGAGAAGCGGACUUCUCUAGGCAGGUUAUGUCACCAGCAGAGGCUGCCCUGAAGCUCCCUGCGGCCUGGAGACUAUGUACAAGAGGAAUGGUCUGAUGGCUAGCGUGUUGGUCACCUCUGCCACUCCACAGGGCAGCAGCAGCUCCGACUCUCUGGAGGGCCAGAGCUGUGACUAUGCCAGCAAGAGCUAUGAUGCCGUUGUCUUCGAUGUCUUGAAAGUGACUCCCGAGGAGUUCGCCAGCCAGAUCACACUAAUGGACAUCCCUGUGUUUAAAGCCAUCCAGCCAGAGGAACUAGCCAGCUGUGGAUGGAGUAAGAAGGAGAAGCAUAGUCUUGCCCCCAACGUCGUGGCCUUUACCCGGAGGUUUAACCAGGUCAGUUUUUGGGUUGUACGAGAGAUUCUAACAGCACAGACUUUAAAAAUAAGGGCAGAAAUCCUGAGCCAUUUUGUGAAAAUAGCCAAGAAACUUCUAGAACUCAAUAACCUUCAUUCUCUCAUGUCUGUGGUGUCAGCAUUACAAAGUGCUCCCAUCUUCAGGCUGACAAAAACCUGGGCUCUUUUGAAUCGAAAAGACAAGACCACCUUUGAGAAAUUGGACUACCUGAUGUCCAAAGAGGAUAAUUAUAAGCGGACUCGGGAAUAUAUCCGAAGCCUGAAGAUGGUGCCCAGUAUUCCCUAUCUAGCAUUGCAACACUGGAAUCAUGCCCAUCCUGCCAAAAAUGGAAAUGGAGACCUAGGGAUCUAUCUUCUGGAUUUAAUCUACAUCGAUUCUGCAUAUCCUGCUUCAGGCAGUAUUAUGGAAAAUGAGCAAAGAUCCAAUCAGAUGAACAAUAUUCUCCGAAUAAUUGCUGAUUUACAAGUUUCCUGCAGCUAUGAUCACCUCACCACCCUGCCCCAUGUGCAGAAAUACUUGAAGUCUGUCCGCUAUAUUGAAGAGCUCCAGAAGUUUGUGGAAGAUGACAACUACAAAUUGUCGCUCAGAAUAGAACCAGGAAGCAGCUCUCCAAGACUAGUCUCUUCCAAGGAAGACCUUGCAGGCCCCUCUGUGGGCUCCAGCUCAGCGCGCUUCCGCCGGAGACCCACCUGCCCCGAUGCAUCUGUGGCCGGCAGCCUUCCCACACCACCGGUCCCCCGACACAGGAAGAGUCACAGCCUGGGCAACAAUAUGAUGUGUCAGUUGAGUGUAGUUGAGAGUAAAAGUGCGACAUUCCCAUCGGAGAAGGCCAGGCACCUUCUGGACGACAGUGUCCUAGAGUCGCGCAGUCCCCGCAGGGGCCUCACCCUCACCUCCUCCACCGUCACCAAUGGACUCUCCCUAGGCAGUAGUGAGAGCUCAGAGUUUAGUGAAGAGAUGUCUUCAGGGCUGGAAAGCAGGGGACGUCUCUAUGCCACCCUAGGGCCCAACUGGCGCGUUCCAGUUCGGAAUUCUCCCAGAACCCGGAGCUGUGCUUACAGCCCCUCCAGCCCAUGCACCUGUACCCUGGGAAGCUCGGCAGCUGUGCCCACCAUGGAGGGGCCUCUGAGAAGGAAAACCCUGCUCAAGGAAGGCCGGAAGCCCGCACUGUCCUCUUGGACCAGGUACUGGGUCAUACUCUCGGGAUCCACCCUCCUGUAUUACGGAGCCAAGUCCUUGCGGGGCACAGACAGAAAACAUUAUAAAUCUACACCUGGCAAGAAGGUCUCCAUUGUGGGCUGGAUGGUACAGCUGCCUGAUGACCCUGAGCACCCGGAUAUCUUCCAGCUGAACAACCCCGACAAAGGCAAUGUUUACAAGUUUCAGACUGGCUCCCGGUUCCAUGCGAUACUGUGGCACAAGCAUUUGGGUGAUGCGUGUAAAAGCAACAGGCCUCAGGUACCUGCAAACCUUAUGUCGUUUGAAUAAGUCUCUGCAGGACUUGGCAUGACUGAAAAGGCUUCUGGGAGCCCGGGCUGGGCCUGGUGGAGAAGAGCAGCCCUGGGCACAGGCUGUGAGCCAGGAUGCUGGGAGCUUUGCAGCCAGACUCAGGGGACAUGGCCUUCAGCCUCACAGUCUCAGAGGGCUCCCCAGUGCAGGAUCCACCUGUCAGUUCCCAGUGACUCUCAUGACUCAUUCUGCAGCACCACCUUGCAGGGCAGUGUUUGGACCACAGACUGCACACCCCUGCCCCUCUCUGGACCUCAUCUGUCCACCAGCUGCUUCUGCAACUAGAGAGCAUUUGGCCCACGUUGGGUUCUCCAUCAUUCCUGCUGCACACUGAGUGGACAGCAUUAACCUGCAAGUGUGGCCAGACAACAGGGCCAGGCUGUGGAGCAGGCCUGUCACACCCCAAGUGCACGGGGCUGCUCACCUACCGGGCUGCCUCAGAUUUUGUACACCCCCCCAAGUGUCCUCCACGUGUGUGUGCUGUACCUGUGUGCGUGCGAGCAAGUGUGAAACCUCCGAGAAACAUGCAUUUUGGCACAAGACUUGUGACAUUACACUCUUCAUUUGCUUUGAGGCCAUGCUUGAACCUUCAGUGAUAGCCCUGUCCACCAGGAAAGGUCAGAGUGGGAGCCCAGAUGCCCCUGUGUUAAGGGUCCCUUGUGUUCUUUUACUGUAAACAAACAAUGCCUUAAACCGUGUCUUGUUUUCUGUUCCUAUGGGUGCUAUUCAUCUGGAAGGCCUGUUCCCUGGGCCCUGGUGCCCUUCCAGGCCUUGUUGCUGUCAGCCCUGCUGAGGCAGGAUCUGGUUCCAGACUGCAGACUGGGCCACUGGCCUGCUUGCUUCCUCCAUGCCCUCUCCUGGCAAAGCUGGGGCACUUCUCAUUGCAUCUGCUCCCACCAUUCCCAUGUGGGAAGUUGUGGCAUGUUCUCCCAGCAUCCUCAGAGCAGCUCAGAAGCUACCAUGACAGUGAUCAGCCACAGAAAUCACACCAACCUCGCUGUGCAGGGCAGGCUUCCACUUCCCUCGAUAAUCUCAUCCCUUUGCCUCCACCACCAGGGCGGGCCACUGGGGUUCCUGGUUACACUGAGAGCUGAGUGACACUGAGACCUUACACUCCCCUAGUCUUGCCUCCAAAUGCAGUCACCAGCAAGUUCUCCAAGUCCCAGGGCACAACUGUUGAUGACCAAGCGACAAGAAAGCCAAGCACUGGGGAGUGAACAUCCAAUCUCUACAUAUAUGUAAUGACUGUUUUCAGGAACAAUGACCUUUAUCUGUCAUCUUCUGUCAUGCUUUAAAAGGACUUUUUUUUUUUGCACAGGUAGUUUUUACUCACAGUGAAUUGCUGUUUAUCAUCAUAGCCUGCCUCUCCAACUUACCUCCCUACCCCAUUUUCUUUGGAUGUCCUAAUCCUGAGAAGGAAACCCUUACACUGUUUUCUGAAAGAGACUGAAUGUCUGGGCCUUUGUCCCUUUUGUGGUUUUAAAAUUCACAGUAACCAAGCAUCAAACUACCCUGAAGAGUGUUUUGGUAAGAAGCUGCAAAGCAACACCAUCACUAAUAAACUGUGACAGGUCAAUUGAAAAACUACCAGAAGACCCAUCACUGUAUUUUGAUCAAAUGAUGACAGCUUCUCUGAAAAUUUAAAUGAAUUAAUGACACAAAUAGUUGUCAUCAGGGUGGUGCUUUGUGGUUGAGCCUCACAGUGCUCAGAAGCUAACCCUCUUUUGAAGCAAAGACUGGACACUUUCAUGCCAAGAGUAACUCCAGAAAGGAAAGUUAAUGCUAUCAAACCUUGACCACAGCUGCCUUGAGCACCCACCUGUACCUGAGUCCACAUGCAUGCACUCAAUUCUACCAACAACUUCAAACUGACAUCCAAGGCUGAGCAACAACGCCAGACACUGUGGACACCUCUGACCUGAACCAGGCAGCGCUCAUGUGAUAGCCAGUGUUAAACUGACCCUCCCUGUUAACUUCCAGAAAGUCUUAAGUGGACGAAAGUACAAGACUGGAAUAUCAGCCACUUAUUUUCCUUGGGUUUCUCCACUCUUCUAACCCUGUCCUGGUUUUUCACACAUGAAAUAUUACAGAUGCUAAUCCAAAAACCCCAGAAUUUCAGGCUCCCCUAAACCAGAUAAUCUUCUACCCUUUCCAAGUUUUUCUUAACCUUCACAAACUUUUCUUCUGAUCCUAAUUUGAAAGAGCACAGUCCCACUCUUUUCAGUGUUUAGUCUUUUCAUUAGUAGAGACUGAUCCCACAUCCCUUCCAGAAAUUCUUACCUUGGACUCUUAAAGAAUCUAUUUGGACUUUGUUGGCAAAAGCCUUGUAAGAGAACUGUAAGAGCCCUGAACACCUCAGAAGACUUUUGUGGAUGAAGCUGAAUGAUAACUGACUCCCCAACAGGGAAUCAGGCCAACCCUGUGACUUCACUGCUUAUGUUUUCCCAGUGCUGGCUUGUCCCACAAGCAGCAGGUGAGGAGGCCUGCAAGAGAGGGCAGUGGCCCAGGCACAGAUCACAGAGCGGGGAGGCCCCAGGUGGAUUCUCACCGUGGAGGGAAGUGUUUCUGUCUUUUGCUCUUUGACUGAUCACAGUGCACAAAUACAUAUGAAUCUCGAAGGUACUGUGUCUUGCAUGCAUAUACUGUCAUUUUCUUUCAGUGAACAGAUUGUGGUACCCCAAAAGGAGAGUUGUCAAAUGCUGUCUACAAACUGAAUUAGGUAACUGGCAGUACUGAUGUCCCAAGAAGAGCCCAUUCACUCACAUUGUUCUGGGAUACUUUAUGCUCCUCUUAAUUGAGCAUAUUUUGUACCCUAAGGUCAGCAAAUAUUGGAGUAUUUUGUGGAGGACAGAUUUGGUGGAGAGCCACAGUUGUUCGAAAUGUAUCCAACAGGAGCACAGCAGUCUUCCCUCCUCUGACAAGACACCCUUUCAAGCACCCAGUCAGAUGGAGAUGCGGAAGAGGUGAACCCUUGAAGGACUCGCUUAUGAAAGAACCUACCCUGACUGCCAGCUUUCUAACGCAUUUGAUUUGAUGAUUCCUAAAGCAUUUCUUUUUCUUACCAAGAUGCCCUGUAUUUUGUUAAUCAUGUGACUCCCACCUCCCAAACCCAAAAAGGUAUAUCAUUGAGGAUGCUGUUUUCAGAUAAAAAGUAGUCUGUGAGGGUGGGCAGCCAUCUGCAAGCCAAGCCCACUGUCUUAAAGCUCAGGUAGGAUCCAGGGCUCUGCACCCACAUUGCUGAUGCUCGCAGCCACCAGGUGAUCAUUGCCAAAAAACACUUUUUUUUUUUUUUUUCAAAAAACACUUUUAUGUGUGAUGCCAUAAAUGACUUCAGUCAAUCCCACACGACAUUGGCCUAUGGGAUAAUUUCGUGUUUAAAAAACAGUCCCUUUGAAAUAAUAGGUUCCCUGAGAAAAUGCCCAUUCAUUCAUUCAAUCAUUCAUGUCUUCAUCCUAAUUUCUAGUAAGUGCUUCCCAUGUGCCAGGAUAUAACCAGGAUAUAAAUGAUUGAAAACAAGAGAUCGCUGCUCUUGUUAAACUGAUUGAUUAAUAAACAAAUAAUCCCCACCCCAACAUAUCUCCUGAUCAAGACUCUGCCCAUCCCUUAGACCUGGGUACAAAUCCGGUGCACAAACUCUUCCAGAAAGACUUCAAAGGGCCCACCAGACUGAACAGUCUUGCUUUUAAGUGCUGUUACUGUAGGACUAGCUGCUGUCUGUGUACUGGAGGCUGGUGGCUCAGAAGAGCCAAGCGCAAAGCUGUUGUAGAGUACAUGGAGAACUCCAAAAAGGGACUGGAGAGUAGGGUCGGAGUGUUCACAGUAUUUGCUUCAUAGGCUUCUGUCUUUGACUUCAGUGUUACAUUCAAGGACAGCAUGAGCGACAGCUGCAUUGUCUUGGGUGUUGAGAACUUGUUCGUGGACAUUAGUCCACCUCAUAGCCUGAGGCCACACCAGUGUGUUUAAACUAUGGGCAACCUGCAAAUCCCCACCCACUGCAGCAGCGCAACAGAUCAUCCAUCAGUUUUACAACCAUCAAUUUCUAUCCAUUUCUGGAUGAUUGUGACCAGUAAUGAAAUAAUCACAAUUAAUUUAUUAAUAUAGUGUAAUCUUUAAUAAAUUUCGUGCCAAAAUGCAUGGUUUUCCACUAAGCAUUCAAAAUGUUGUGUAGAGAGUAGUUUUCAAUUUCUUAUGUAUCCAUCCAAGUAAGUUGAAAAUCAGUUUCUUCAUUUUAGUUGGGUUCUUGUUAAAUUUGUUGCAUUCUCCUGGGCUGUUUUUUUCCAGCAGACCCUGCAUGCAGUUGUGAAGGACUUUCUCUAAUACUUGUGAAUUGUCUCACCACAGUAACCACUGAACAUCAGCCCUCCGUGGGAUUCUUUAGAUUUUUGGUGAAGUAUUUUGUUACCUCAGUCUUGUAUCAAGUUGCUGUAUUUUUCAGCUUGUUACACUGAUAAUAAUUGUUUCACUAAUUAAAUAAUGUACAGACAUCUUUGUUUACUUUGAAAUUAAAUGUGUUUUCCAAUGAA